UCCAACAACAGUAUAUUAGGUUAAGAGGCGAGAAAGUGCGAGCUGUUAGUUCUCAGGAAGAUAUUCAAAUAGAAGUCGUAAGGCACAACUCAUCUCAUAUAAAGGGAAAACAUACGGUUCGACUAUUACCAUUUGCUAGUGCCAAAUUAAAUCCCGACGACGAAAGGUUGUGUCUGCAAAGAAGUCACAAGAAAAAGUUCAUCGAAUUACCUAUACUAUUCAACAAAACUUAUCCGGCGUCUAUCACCUACUCGAGGGUGGACUUCGAAACUGGGACUCAAACUUUGCAUAAGUUUUCUUCAAAAGAUAUCGAACGGCAUCGCAUUGUCGACGUGAUUCAGGAUGGGGUUUAUGUUUACAUACCAAUUGAUAGGCCUGGUGCAUAUCGCAUCGAGGAGUCAUCGGAUAAUGACGGAAUGGGAAUAAAAAUAUAUAACAGACAAGAGAUUAUAUUUUAUUGUCCUGCGGCAAAAUUGAUACCAAAGUCAAAUUUGAAUUUAUGCUUCGACGACGUGAUAAGCGUCGAUUUAGUAUUGGAAGGGGUUCCCCCAUUAAGUAUUCAAUACGAGCGACGAGUGAACGAUGCUGCGAUAAACAUGACAAUAGAUGGGAUUAGCUCGGAUUAUUACGCGUCACCGCCAAUUCAAUCGGACCAAGCCAUGGUAUUAGCAGCGUCUGGCAAUUAUCAAUGGGCUCGGGAUCAAGUCAUUCAUGUACCAUUGAACAUUACUGCUGAUGUAGUCGCCGAUUAUUCUUUAAAGGUUCAGCAAAUCCAAGAUAUAUUGAACAAUACACGUUUCUAUGAUGACGAGGAAUCUUCAGACACUAUGGUCGAUUUUUCGGUAUAUUCAAGACCCACUGCAAGCUUCUUUACGGAUUCUCCCGUCCAUGUUCGUCCUGGUCGAAUUGCUAAUAUUGCAAUAGACGUAAGAGGCAGAGGACCUUGGAAGAUUAACGUAGAGUAUUGGUCUGAAGAAUCUAUGGAUGGUAGGCCGAGCGAGAUGUUUGAGAUUACAAUUGACCACCGGAGCGAGCAGAAAAAAUAUAUGAGCGUCAGUAGACCUGGAAUAUACAAGCUGCUUUCCGUGUCAGACUCAAAAUGCGCUGGUCAAAUUAUGGCUCCUUCGUCAAAGUCAUUGUCCAUCGCACAUCCGCCAACUGUUAAGAUGGAGGCCAAUCCAAUACCCGCUGAAAAUUGUCCCGGAGAAAUAGGAGUGGAGAUUACGAUGUCUCUAACAGGAAUUCCGCCAUGGCAUCUUGAAUACAAGUUGGUCACCCGCGAUGGGGAUGAGCGUGGUUUCGCCAAAAUUGAUAAGUCGAGACAUUCAUUGAUCAUAAAGCCUGACAAAUCGGGAAACUAUGAUUACGUGUUUUAUCGAUUAUCAGACUACAUUUACACAGAAGGGGUCGGUAUAGAUCACAGAUUUACGCAGAUCGUUCACCCGAUGCCUCACGCCGCAUUUCGGGGAGCGAAGAAUCAAAUGUUGAACAGUUGCAUCGGAAGUCGCGUUGAUUUGGAAGUCGAAUUUUCUGGGACGGGACCGUUCACACUGAUAUAUGAUGUGGUUUUCAAUCGAAGAACCAAUGCAUUCACCAUUGCGGAUAUCCAAGGGCCCAGUCAUGUAAUCACCUCGCCACCAUUUGACAAUCAGGGGUUAUAUACUGUGACAUUGGUAAAGAUUACGGAUUCAAAAGGAUGUAGCAAAAUACUUAGUUCAUCCGACUACGCUACCAUCAAUGUUAAGAAAGAUAAACCCACAGCUGGGUUUAGAUCUGCACAUGAAAUUAUCUCUUUCCUUGAAGGAAAACUAGCUAAACUACCCUUGCAAUUAACCGGUCAUGCCCCUUGGAACAUCACCUAUCGUUAUAUUGGAGAUGAUAAAGUUCGACGAGAGCAAAACUUGCAAAAUCCCAAUUCUUACCUGAUCGAAGAAAAACCUGGCUUUUACGAACUGUUGGAGGUCAAAGAUUCGUUUUGCCAUGGAAAAAUAAUCCCAGAAUUGAAGACCAUCGAGGCUAGAUGGUUACCUCGACCAUUUUUGAGAAUAGCUGGGGGUGAAGCGGAACCAUUGCCUCAAAAAGGGUACUAUCGUAGGAGACAUGUUUGCGAAGGAGCCGAAGAUACAGUUGGUCUAGUUUUGGAAGGUCGAGCACCCUGGCUAAUUUUUUAUACUAUAAUGAUGGGUGAUGAGCUGAUUUCUCACCAGCAAAAUAUCGGAUUUCCUACCACCAGAAUACGGCUCAUGACCGAGAAGCCCGGUCGAUACAUAUACAAUUUCUCUAGUAUAGCGGAUGACGUCUACACAGAUCCUAAUCCGAUCUCGCUUGUGCUAGAGCAAACGGUCGUGGCCAAGCCGACGGCCCAAUUUAUCACCUCCGGUGUCUUGUAUCAUUGUGUCGGAAGUGAUUUCACCGAGCCCCUUGAGAUCAAGUUAAGUGGUGUUGCACCCUUUGUUCUACAGUUCGAAAUCACACAUGAGAGUAGCAACCAAAUAGAUACCAUGAAAAUCGAAAACAUCUACGAUGCGCAUUACCGUUUCUAUCCCUUGAAUAAGUUUUCUAUGAUUGGAAGAUACGUAAUAUCGAUGGUUUACAUCAUGGAUUCUCAAGGUUGCAAUAGCGUGAUACAGGAUAAAUCUAAUAAAUUAAUCGUUCAAGUUACGGACGUUGCAUCCAUUGAAAGGACGUUUCCCCUACAAAUACAUUGUGUUGGUGAUUUAUUGGAUUACUCUUUGCAAGGAAUACCUCCGUGGAACAUCACCUACGAAUAUAACGGAGAAAUAAAAUAUGCAAUCUCUAAACAACACACCUUUACAUUUGGCGCCGACAAACCAGGGAACAUGACCAUCACCAGAAUCUGUCAUCAAAAGAAUCAAUGCUGUGGGCACGCAAAUUUAACUGAGAUCAUAUACGAUCUUCCGACUGCCAUCGUGUCCGAAGGUAAAGAUGUCAUAUCUGACAUUCGAGAGGGCGACAAAACCGAAAUUGUUGCGUCCCACCCUUCCGAUUCACCUAUACCCGGAGGGAGUUACUGGUUAGCGGCAAAGAGCGUAAACCGGGUCGGGUUCUGGAAACCCAGACAGUUAUGA